AUGCUCUACCCUACUCUCUCAAUUCUGGUCCUUGCUCUUGGAGCCUCAGCAGCUCCGGCACCAGCUCCAGGCGUCAAUGUUGUGGGAAGCAAAGCUUUCUCUGCACCAGCUGUAUACAAUGCCAACUUCCACCGUAAUGGCACAGCUGCCAUGCUCAAAGCCUACGCCAAGCACAACUUAACUCCAACAAAGGAGAUGCCAGCGGAGUUCCUAGCAGCUUUGCAGAAGCGUCAGGAUGGAUCAGCCACUGCUUUUCCUGCUGAUGGCGUACAGUACCUCGUGACAACCUCCGUCGGGGGUCAACGUUUGGACCUGGACUUAGACACUGGCAGUGCUGAACUAUGGGUGUUCUCGUCCCAAUUGGCAGCAAGUUCCAAAACUGGACAUCACAUCUAUACCUCGUCACAGAGCAGCACUUACAAGGAACUGCCAGGGUAUACUUGGGACAUUACCUACGCUGAUGGUUCUGGCGCGAGCGGAAACGUGGGCACCGAUACUGUCAAGAUCGGUGGAACUACUGUUACUGGCCAGGCUAUCCAAUUGGCCAAGCAGGUUUCGUCCGCUUUUGUGUCAUAUACUGCUGAUGGACUUGUUGGACUUGCAUUCAAUAGUCUCAAUACUGUCUCCCCUGUCCAACAAAAGACCUUCUUCGAUAACGCCAAAAGGUCCUUGAAAGCCCCUCUCUUCGUUGCCCAUCUUCCCCGCCAAGCCAGCGGUUCCUUCGACUUUGGCUACAUCGACGCAUCCAAGCACAGCGGCACAGUCCAAUACGCCACCGUAGAUUCCUCGGGCGGCUUCUGGGAAUUCCCCUCCACAUCCUUCAAGGUCGGUUCCACCGUCCACCCCCAAUCAGGCUUCACCGCCAUCGCCGACACAGGAACCACCCUCCUCCUCACCGGCGAUACCGCCGUCGACACCUACUACGCAUCCGUACCCGGAGCCCAGUACUCCUCCUCUCAAGGCGGGUACAUCUUCCCCUGCAGCGCCACCCUGCCCAGCUUUAGCGUCCGCAUCGGCAGCACGGCGUACGCUACUAUUCCUGGCAGUUUGAUGAGCUUUGGAAGUGCGGGGGGAUCGAGUUGUUUUGGGAGCUUGCAGAGUGCUGGGCGUGGGACCCAGAAUGUUUAUGGGGAUGUUCUCUUUAAUGCGUAUUUGGGCGUGUUUGAUGCUAGUGUGCCGAGGUUUGGGUUUGCACCUAUUGCAUAG